AGUUUGACACUAACCGACUCCGCUGUGACCUGGAUGUAACUGACAGGCGCCAGCGUUACUCAAACCAAAACUAAACUUCACGCACGUUUAUUUUUUUCUUAAACCGUGAGCAAUCUCCUUCUUUUCCCCACACAAAAACCAGCCGGUUAAACUGGUUUAGACCGGUUUACGGUGGUGUUUUGUUCACGGUCCGCGUGUUGUUGCUGUUACCAGAGGUCAGCGGGUUCCCAGGUGAAACCAGCCCGCCGUCAAGAUGCUUUCCUCGGGCAGGACCGUCUCCUCCCGGCUGCUCAGGCCGGGGGCAUGGCUUCCUCACCGGCUGGGUUCUGACGGGAGAGCGGCCAGCUCUCAGCAGAAAGAGCUGAUAAAGAAACAUGAACUGGAGAAAGAUGAGCUCCGCCCCCUCUACAUGGACUUCCAGGCCACCACGCCCAUGGACCCCCGGGUGCUGGACGCCAUGUUGCCCUACCAGGUGAAUUACUAUGGUAACCCUCAUUCCAGGACACACGCCUACGGCUGGGAGAGUGAGACCGCCAUGGAGACUGCCAGGAAGCAGGUGGCUGAUCUGAUUGGGGGUGAUCCCAGAGAGAUCAUCUUCACCAGCGGAGCCACUGAGUCCAACAACAUGGCCAUCAAGGGUGUGGCCAGGUUCUACCAGGCCAAGAAGCGUCAUGUGAUCACCACACAGACAGAACAUAAGUGCGUCCUGGACUCUUGCCGAAUUCUGGAGUCUGAGGGAUUCGACGUCACUUACCUGCCGGUCCAGAAGAACGGACUGGUGGACCUGGAGCUGCUGGAGGCCUCCAUUCGUCCUGACACCUCUCUAGUGUCGGUGAUGACCGUCAACAACGAGAUCGGAGUCAAGCAGCCGAUCGAGGAAAUCGGUAGGAUUUGUCGUUCUAAAGGAGUCUUCUUCCACACUGACGCCGCUCAGGCUGCUGGGAAGAUUCCCAUCGACGUCUCCAACUGUAAGAUCGACCUGAUGUCCAUCAGCGCUCACAAGAUCUACGGACCAAAAGGUGUGGGGGCUUUGUAUGUGCGUCGCCGGCCCCGGGUGCGUUUGGAGCCGCUGCAGAACGGGGGCGGGCAGGAGAGGGGGCUGCGCUCCGGCACAGUCCCCACCCCGCUGGCUGUUGGCCUGGGAGCCGCCUGCAGCAUCGCCCAGCAGGAGAUGGAGUAUGAUCAUCAAAGAGUGUCCAUGUUGGCUAAUCGUCUGGUCCAUAAGAUCUUGUCUGAGAUUCCUGACGUCAUCAUGAACGGAGAUCCAGAGCAACGCUACCCUGGCUGUAUCAACCUGUCCUUUGCCUAUGUGGAGGGAGAGAGUCUGUUGAUGGCGCUGAAGGACGUCGCUCUGUCAUCUGGCAGUGCAUGUACAUCAGCGUCUCUGGAGCCCUCAUACGUCCUCAGAGCGAUUGGAGCAGAUGAAGACCUGGCUCACUCCUCCAUCAGGUUUGGUAUUGGCAGGUUCACCACAGAGGAAGAAGUGGACUACACAGCAGAGAAGUGUAUCGAGCAGGUCCGCAGACUCCGAGAGAUGAGUCCUCUGUGGGAGAUGGUUCAGGAAGGCAUCGACCUGAAGAGCAUCAAGUGGACGCAGCAUUAGACUCUUCCCGCCGCUUGUCCACUUCCUAGCCGCUGACGAUGACAAUGACGACAACGAUAUCAGUUCCCAGGGAAUUCUGGGAACAGACCAGCUUCUUCUUCCUGUAUACAAACACGCACAAACUUCCUGUCUGACUUGAAGUCUGUUUGUAGCUGUAACUCUGUGUCUCUGUAGUUGCUCUGUCAGGAGAUGUUGACUAACACAGGGCUUGUUGUAAUGAUUCUGUUGUGUACAUCAGUCAGCCUCUGUUUCCCAACAAGUUGCAUUUGUGUUUUGACUGAAAACUUGUCAGAGGCUGUGACACACCUGGCUCCUGGAUCACAAACUCAGUUCAUCUUAGUCUGACUUUCUUUGGGUUUCCAGGCUUCACCGAGUCUGACAUCAGUGAUCCUGAUGAUGGUAUCAUGAAGCUGGUUUUCACCUGGCUCCAUCUAGCUCACUGUUUACUAAUCCAACUCUAAGCAUGUUCACGUGAAAGAGGAGGAGUUCUUGAUAUGAUAUCACAUGAAAUGAUGACGCCUGUAUCUUUUAUUCUUUGUCUCAUGAUGAACAAACUAUAAUAAUUAGGUGCCAAAGCAGAAAGCAAAUUUAUAAUUUGCAGUUUACUGAACCAAUAACAGUGUGCACAAUUAAUAUACAGUCUUCAACAUCAUUCAUGUAAACACUAUGUUUGAAGACCUGUAGUAAACACAGGUGCUUUUUACCUCUCUGCUACUUCAUUGUAAACUCAGUAUGUUUACCCCUGUCAGGACGUAGGAAUGAUGACGUUUCAACGAUUUCAACACACUUGUAAUAAUCACUAUAAGAAUCACCACGUUUGCAACUCAUGCAUGAACAUAUGAGAUUUAUUUGCAGUUUGAGUGACAGCAAGUUGUGUGUGUGUGCAGGUUUGUUUUACUAUAUUCCUGGGGUCCGACAACCGGGAGCUCACUGCACUUGUGGGGUCCGACAGCUUUUUGGAGACCAAAAUAGUGGCUGUUAGCUGGAUUAACACAUUGUUUUUAGGGGUGGAGUUUGAAUUAGGUUUAGGUUAGGGUUAGAGUGAGAGGUUAGGGAAUGCAUAAUGACAAUGAUGGGACCUCACAAAGAUGUGUGUGUGUGUGUGUGUGUGAUCAAGUGUUCUCUUUAAUAAAACAGCCCUGCAGCAUGCGUUACCAUGGUGAUCCACCCCAGCUAAAAGUGAGUCAGCUUCAUGAUACCCGAGUUAAACCCAAAGAUAGCUGGAUGAACUGCUAAUCUCUCCUUGUGAUACAGGCUCACGGUUCACAGUGUUAAGCCACCGUGAUGGAGAAUGAAUCCAGUGAUGAGAAACGAAAGAGGAGCAAAGGGCCGUUUUACUUCCGUGAGGUUUGGGGGCAGCAGCUGAGAGGAGCAGACUUAAAUUCACCUGAGUCAUCUAAAGUUUUGAUGAUUCACUUCACAACUUUUCACCCGAUGACUCACAGAUAAAUAUCUCUAUUCACAGAUUUUACACUGUCCUCUCUGUCUUUAUGUCACAACUCAGACUUGCAGUUUUUGUUUCUUCCUCCACAUCGGUGUUUAAUAUCAGCAGCUUCAUGUCAGUGCAUCCACAGAAGUCCUCAGUGUACAUUCCAGUCAAACUGUGUUAGGCUGUCCUGUUAAAGUCUGAAACACUCUGCAAGACCGAAGCUGUGAUCUGACCACAACAGCUCAUUUUAAAGAUUGGUGAUGGAGUCGGACGACUUCUGUCACAUAUAUGUGUCUGACGUUGAUGGAAAUCUCAAAGUGAUCCUAGUCUGAAAACGAGACUGAGGAGGUCAUUUGAUAAAUGUCUAGGAGGAUUUCCUGUAUUGUGUUCUUGGAUUUAGUCAGCUGAGUCUCUCUCAUAUUUAACGACUCCAGCAUUUACUGUUCAUAUAUAUUAUCGUUAUCCAAUAAACUGCUGCUUCACAGUUAUGCAAUAAAAUGUUGUUUUAGCUUUUA